AGACUCACUUGACCGGAGCAGAGCGAGAGUAAAGAGCAGAUCUCAUCUGUGUGAAGUGCCAAAAGCAGGAGUCUUCUUUCUUUCAGUGGAGACACGUCGAUCAGAGCUCGACAGUGUGUUUUUAUUAUUGAGCUGCGCUUUAAAGUCAACUUAAAAAACAGAAGAAGAAAAAAAAAAGUGAAGUGCAGCUGGACGGAAAAUUUAAGGCGUGAAUUGAAGAAGUUGGUCGCUCAGUGGGAAGUGAAAACCGUCAUUUGCGUGAUAUUUUUAAGUCGACUUUUUCUGUCGCCUCGUUUCAUCAAGUGUUUGUGGAUAUCAAAACUUUGCCAUUCCCAUGUGUAGGAGAGGAAGCCUGAGGAGAGAAAGAGCGAUGUCACUGUGAUGUCCGUCGCUGGCAUCAUCUCAGCCUUUCAAGGAGCUCGUGGGAAAAGGACGCCGAGGGGAAGGAGCUGAGGGAGAGGACAGCAGAAGAGCUUUUUUAUGAGGACAGGAUGGAGGUGACUGCAUCCUGCAUGCGGAGUUAGGAGUGAUGAUAGCUCCAUGUGAUUCAUUUUUCUUUUUCAGCAUUUUUAGCUGAGCAGGUGUGAAGGAGUCCCUGUUUUGUGGAAUCUAGUGGCUGUUUCUCUGGAGGUGGCAAGGCUGAGUUCAGCAGCUGCUAGGCUGCAGCUAUGGACGUUGAGGUGAGAUUUCCUCCCCCCGCAUCAGUGACCUCUUUGCCGUUUGCCUCAUCAUGCCGGACAUCUUCUACAUCACCCUGGAGCUGCUGAUUGCCCUCUUCUCAGUGCUGGGAAAUGUGUUGGUCUGCUGGGCCGUGGCCCUCAACAGUAACCUGCAGAGCAUCACCAACUUCUUUGUGGUGUCGCUGGCUGUGGCCGACAUCGCCGUGGGCGUCCUGGCCAUUCCCUUUGCCAUCGUCAUCAGCACCGGGUUCUGCUCCAACUUCUAUGGCUGCCUGUUUAUUGCGUGCUUUGUGCUGGUUCUCACACAGAGCUCCAUCUUUAGUCUGCUGGCUAUCGCUAUGGAUCGCUACAUUGCAAUCAAGAUACCACUCAGGUACAACAGCUUGGUGACAGGACAGCGGGCUCGAGGCAUCAUUGCCAUAUGCUGGAUUCUAUCCAUCAUCAUCGGUUUGACCCCCAUGAUGGGCUGGCAUCUUGGGAAGUCGAAAAACGUCACCAACGAAACCAACAGCAGCCCCUGCCAGCCGGGCAUGAUGAAGUGCCUGUUUGAGAAGGUUGUCGACAUGGAGUACAUGGUCUACUUCAACUUUUUUGCUUGUGUGCUGAUCCCCUUGCUGCUAAUGUUGGCCAUCUACCUGUGUAUCUUCAUGGCAGCUCGCCACCAGCUCAUGCUGAUUGAAGUAAAAGCGUCUCAUGGGGAAAAGUCCCGCUCCGUCCUGCAGAAAGAGGUCCAGGCUGCCAAGUCUCUGGCCAUCAUUGUGGGCCUGUUUGCGGUCUGCUGGCUGCCUUUACAUAUCAUUAACUGCUUCACCUUCUUCUGUCCUAAGUGUGUUCGUCCUCCUCCCUUGGUUUUGUAUGUGGCCAUUAUCCUAUCCCAUGCCAACUCUGUGGUCAACCCCUUCAUCUACGCCUACCGCAUCCGAGAGUUCCGGCACACCUUCCGUAGGAUUAUUAGGCGGCACAUCCUGGGGAAGCGGGAGGUGUUUGAGAGUGGUGGGAGUCAGCGGAACUCUACUCACAACAGCAUCACGGACUCCAUCAGGCUCAAAGCAAAUGGCCUCAGCUUUGACCUUUUCACAGAGCACAGCAGCAGUACCUGUGAGAACCCCUGCCGCUGUCCUGCUCACAUCUCCCCUGUAGAGGAUGGUCUGGCGACAGUGUCUCACCCGCCUCUGUCCGUCGUUAUCGCCCACUGCCCCAAAGUGGGGACGUGUCCACUGCAAGCCCUCAGGCAGACUCAGCUCCCGGCGGGGCACGACUGCUCUGAACCAGAGAUCCUGGAGGAAAACUGCAAACAGAACUUCGCCUCAGCACAGGUUGCACUGCUGUUCAACAACCAGGACAGGAGGAGCUGCUGUAGUGAGCUAGAUAAAGUGCACUGAUCUAUGCGCCGCAGGGAUCAUUCGCUAAUUCCUCGCAGUUAGUUGUGAAUGUCAGCUCAGGAUCACCAUGAAUCCCUAAUUUCCAGUGGGAGCACUGUAAACAGAUGACAGACAAUGAAUGUCACUCACUGAGAUAAAUGAAACAGGACUGAAAACUGUCUCUACUAUUUAAAUACAGUGACAUGUAAAUUUAAUUCAGAAUAAGUCUCAAAGGCACCGCUAUUGUUACCGGGAGGCUACGUCUUAUCAACCUACAUGGCCGGGGAUGGUUUGUAGUGUGCAGCCACUUCACAAGUUGUUCUGUGGAAAUUUCAACACCAUCCACGAAUGUUUUUACUUCCUCUUUGCAAACAGCUGAAAUACAGUAAAAAUGCAGGCAGUUGAUAGACGGGUCUAUAUGGAAUAGGACCAUUUAUUGUAGCCGUGUCAGGAUAGCCACCUUUAUUUAACCAUAGUGUGCCAUUUCAGGUCUGAAUGUGAUGCGUCUUUAAAUUAUUACAUUUAUUUUCUUUCUUUCAGGGAUUUGAACAUAAACACAACAUACUCUGCUCUCUUCACUUGUAAUUUCCACAUUUUUGGUAGAGAUUAACAGACAUAACCGCAUUCCAGAUGAAUGUUUCAGACCAUUUGCUGUUUCCUAAUGGACUAAAAACAGAAGGACAGUGCAGGCUGGUUUGUGGUUGUGAGAAUAUCUGUUAAAUGCUUCACAUUUUCUAAAGCAAAGACCAGUAAUUUGGCAAUCUAAUGCUGUAAUGUGACCUUUUAUUUUUGUUCAUACAUUUGUGAUAAUGACGCUUUAAUGUAUGCUUAUUUAAGUUAAAUUCAGAUGACACAAUUGACACAGUUUGAUGAAUAAUGGGAAAUUAUUUGGAGAUGUCCAUUACUGCCCUCUAUGUUUUCAAAAGUAGAUUGGCACCAAGUGCUGUCUUUAAAUAAAUCCUUUCACAUUUUUAAUGUGUGCUUGCUGUGUAUACAUUUUUGCAAUGGCUACAAUAUAAUCCCCGUCUUUAUUCAGGAGCUGCAGGAACACUUCCAGACAUCCCACUGGCUUUUCAGCAGACAGGCUCGUGAUUUGGUCAUUCUGAGAAAUGGUGGAUUAAACUGUCAUAAUUUCUUGGCGUUUCUUUAUUUUUACAGUUGUUGUCAGAACAGCUCUUGCGGCCUUUUCCUUGAUAAAGAUUUCACAGCCAAAAAAGAUCUCCUGUGUCCUUUGCUCUGCUUGUGGGGCAAAGGACACAGGAGAUCUUUUGAGCUGGAAAUCUUGUUUGCUCAGGUGGAUCACUUCAUCUCAAAUAAGCAAAUUGUCUUUUUUUUUUUGUUGUUUUUUUUGCAUUAUAGCGCCGUGAAACUUUAGCUUCAUACAAUAAAUACUUUUCUAGA